UCCUAAUUUCCCAACCUGCUGCUUGCGCAAAAAAGAAGAAGUAGAAAAAAAGACGAAACGAAACAAGAAACAAAAAGAAGCAGAAGCAGAGAGGCAGCAACAAGCAGUGAAAACGCACGAAAAAUACCUUGAUUUUUAUUUAGUGUAAAUUGUAUUAUUUUUUUUGUGAUUAUUUGUGCGUUAAUUGCUGGCCAAUUCGGUGGAUAACGGUUAUUGGACAGCUGGCCGCGAGUGUAAACAGAAAGUGCUGCCCUCCUCAACCCCCCCCUCUCGCUUACGCUAUCGUACCUUCUCGCUCACGCAUCCAUUCGUAAUCGCAAGAAAUUGUUAUCAGAAUUUCAGACGUAUUCCCCAACCUUGGGUUCACAUAUAUAUAGAUUAACAUAACAGCCGUGGGAAUCGGUAAUCUAUAUUGCACACCACCGACAUGGCAGCGACGCCAGCGCCAGCAGCUACGCCGGCAGCGACGUCGGCAGCGAGUGCAACGAAAAGUCCUGCGAAUCCAUUAUCCUGCGAGGAGGAAACCCUCCUCCGCGGACUCAACAAACUCCGCACCGAGGACAAACUCACGGACGUCACUCUGAUCGUCGAGGAGCACCGAUUCAAGGCUCACCGCGUUGUCCUGGCGGCCAGCAGCGAUUACUUCUGCGCCAUGUUCGCCGACUGUGCCAUGAUCGAGUCGCGCAAGGACGAGAUUAAUCUGUACGGGAUCACCGCCCGGGCGAUGGGCUCGAUCAUCGACUAUAUAUACACCUCGCUGUUGGAACUGAACUACGAUAACAUCGAGGAGAUCCUGGCGGCAGCAACACACGUCCAGGUGCGCGAGGUGAUCGAGCGGUGCACCCUGUUUCUGGGCACCAAAAUCGAGAUGGAAAACUGCCUGGCCAUCGCGGGAAUGGCCGACAUCUAUGGCAUAAUGGACUUAUCGGAGCGAGCACACCGCUAUAUAUGCGCCCACUUCGAGGAGUUUGCGACUACGUCGGACUUCAAGGAAAUGAAGGUGGAUCAGCUGCGCUUCAUCCUGUCCAGCAACUAUCCCAUCGAUGUGGCCGAACAGGAGCUGGUGCGUCUGGUGUGCAGCUACGGACUGGAGCAGCAGCUGGAGGAGAGCGUCCUGGGGGAUCUGCUCAGGCUGAUCAACUGGCCGCACAUCAGCUACAAGUCCAUGGACGAACUGAGGCACCUGAACUGCUCGCUGGACGAGGGAAAGCAACUGCAACUGCCCACCACAUACUACAAUCGCAUCAAACAGGAGUAUAUGGGGCGCCUGAUCAACGGAGUGGUGCCCCUGGAGGACCAAUCACUGCCGCAGGGACCCAAGAACAUGCGCGGCAUGGAGCUCUGCCUGCUGAAGAUCGGGGGCUUCGAGUGGAAGGGACUGACCAAUGUGAUAAUGUGCUUCUCGCCAACCAAAAUGAAUUGGUACGAGUUGACCGCCAUACCGCACAUCGAUCAGUGCAACUUUGGCACUGCCGUUCUCAACAAUAAACUCUUCAUCGUCGGCGGGGCCUACGAUGUCUGUCUGAAGGAGUAUAUCCAUCCAUUUGGGUUCUGCUACUGCCCCCUGAGGAAUGCCUGGAUGACCAUUGCUCCCAUUCAGUUGGAUCGCUGCCGAUUCUCGCUAAAUGCGGUGGGCAAACAGCAUCUGUAUGCGGUGGGCGGCAUUCUGGACGACGAUAACUCCGAGGAGGCGCUGCGCAUGAUAUCCAAUGUGGAGCGCUACGACAUUGCCCAGAAUGUGUGGACCUAUAUGCCCAGCCUGCAGGAGAAUCGCAGUCAGCAUGCCGGCGUCGUUGUGGGCGAUAAACUGUACAUUUCUGGCGGCAUCCACUUGGCCAACAUCCUGGCGAGCAUGUGGGUCUUCGACACGAAGGCGGAACUCUGGCAGGAGCUGGCCCCGAUGCCCACGCCCUGCUGCGACCACGUCCUGGUGGCCGUGGACAAUCGGAUCUACGCCUGCGGCGGAUGGCACGAGAGUCUGACGGAGUCGCGAGUGCUGGUGCAGCACAUCUAUGCGUACGACAUCGAGGGCAAUGCGUGGAGCGUGGAGACUCAGAUACCGGCGCCGAAAUUCUACUCCGGCGUGACGGCGAUGGGCAGGACCAUAUUCUUUGUGGGCGGACUGGACUCUACGGAAUCGAUCGAUCGGGCCAGUGCGGAGACAAUGGCCUACGACUUGGACAGCAAGGAGUGGUGGCGCGAAAAGGACUCGUGGGACUCACCAAACGAUGUGUGGGAAUCCACGUGUGCGGCCAUUUAUGUGCCCAUGUGCGAUUUCUAAUGGAUGAAUAAACAACUUAGGUCCCUCCAACGUCAUCCCUCCUCCCCCAUCGAAUUUAGCGAUUCUCAUGAUAUUUAUACAUAUAAAUAUAUACAUAGUAUGUGUAGCUAGCGUAGACCUACAUGCGAGAUUUUGUGAUGACUGCACAGUGACAAAAAUGUGCCAAGCACGGGCAACGAAAACUGUUUAGACCGUAUAUGCCUUCAUUUCGCUUUUAAAUGAUAUUAAUGUAGUGUUAAAUUAUUUAAAUGAAUUGUAAUUAAUAUGUAUAGACCGCAUAUGCCUUCAUUUCGCUUUUGAAUGAUAAUAAACAAGGCAACAUGUACUUAAACUGUAUAGACUAAAAUAAGAAAGAUUGUCCUUAGCCCCAGAGUGUCCUUUUUCGUCGAAACGACCUGUCAAUAUUUCUCAACAUUUAACUUGAUUUAAUUCAUUUUCAAACUAAUAAACCAUCUUCAUUCAGUAAAUCAUGGUUAGCUUGAAUUUCUAAGAAUACAUACUGCCCUAUUUAUUAUUUUAAAAUGACAUUCGUUGAAACGAGAAAAUAAGGACCUUCUAGGGUAAAUAAUUGUGUAUAAAGAAUUUAUUCUUCUGUAUUUUAGGUCUAUGGCAAUAAAUGAGAAAUUUUAAAUGA